AUGGCGACCAAGCAAACACUAAGAGAUCGCCAAAUCGCCUCUAUCGAGCGAAUACUGAAUCUCAACCAUGAAUCAAGUGAAAAUGACGGGACAUUUGGGGACAGCAAGACCACGGUUCCUUUGUUGGACGAGAAUGGGGACCCUAUAUGGAAGGUCUUGGUGUUCGACAACUUGGGAAUGAAUGUCAUUAGCAGUGUACUCAAAGUCAAUGACCUUAGAGCGCAUGGAGUUACAAUACAUCUAAACAUCAACAAUCCUCGAUAUCCUAUACCCGACGUGCCAGUCUUAUAUCUGGUCGAACCAACAGCAGUCAACAUUCAGCUGAUAUGUUCUGACCUUGCAAGGGGUUUAUACUCUCCUGCCUACGUCAACUUCAUCUCCUCCGUCUCUAGACCGUUGCUGGAAGACUUAGCAGCCCAGAUCGCUUCAACAAAUACCGCGGAGCACAUCGCGCAGGUUUAUGAUCAGUACCUGAACUUCAUUGUGGCAGAGCCAGAUCUUUUCAGCUUGGGUAUGGGUAAAGAGGCAUACUACACUUUCAGUAGCGCAAAAGUGGAAGAGGCUACCAUAGAGUCGGCAGUCGAACGGAUUGUGAGCGGUCUGUUUAGCGUGGCAGUGACCAUGGGCUCGGUGCCCAUCAUACGGUGUCCUCAAUCAGAGCUCGCAAAAGCUAUAGCCACGAAGCUGGACCGCAAGCUGCGGGAUCAUGUGUUGAAUUCGAAAGACAAUCUCUUUUCACCUGGUCAAAGAGGACAGCAAAGUGCUUACGCCAGUCCAUCACGACCAGUGUUGCUGAUUCUGGAUCGCAACAUUGAUCUAGUGCCUAUGCUCUCACAUUCUUGGACAUAUCAGUCCCUGGUACAUGACGUGCUCAAAAUGCAGCUCAAUCGGAUCACUGUCAAUACAGCGGACGAGCAGAAUCCGAAUGCAAAACCUAAAGCCUACGAUCUGAGCGCGGGUGACUUUUUCUGGGCUCGAAAUGCUGGCCAACCAUUUCCUAAUGUUGCAGAGGACAUUGAUAAAGAGCUCUCAAAGUACAAGACUGAUGCGGAAAAUGUCACGAAACAGACGGGUGUUUCCAACAUUGACGAUAUCGACGAUACAGGUGCAGCAUCUGCUCAACACCUGAAGGCAGCAAUUACACUCCUUCCGGAGCUCAGGGAGAGAAAGGGAAUACUCGACAUGCACAUGACCAUUGCAACAGCACUCCUGCAAGGCAUCAAGAAUCGGAAACUAGAUGAACUUUAUGAGCUCGAAGAAGCUAUCACCAAACAGACACCUGCGCAAAUGCUAGAAUUGAUAAAUUCAUCAGAAAAAGGGAACAAUCCACUUGACAAGCUGAGAGUAUUUAUCAUAUGGUAUCUGUCCGUUGACAAGGAGCCGACGAAAUCAGAACUAGUUGAAUUUGAGCAUGCGCUGGUAAGCGCAGGUGUAGGAGACGCAGUCGCAGCAAUACGGCAUAUAUCCAAUGUCCGCUUCGAGACUCGUGGUACCAUGAUGCUGACUUCCCAGCCGACCGUCACCCAACAAUCUUCAUCUCCCUUUGGUGGACUUGCCUCUCUAGGCAAGAACCUCACCAAGAACCUGGCAGCCACAGGCCUAGGCAGCGCAGUCCCGGCUCAACUCGAAUCCCUCGUCAGUGGCGUCAAAAACUUCCUGCCAGCAAACCGAGACCUCACAGUAACUAAAAUCGUCGAAUCAAUAAUGGAUCCACCAGCCGCCUCAUCCUCAGCCAUCGCCAAAACAGAAAACUACCUAUACUUCGACCCCCGUUCCGCACAUGCAAGAGGCACAACUGGCGGACCAGCCACGACCGGAUCCCAAACGACAGCGCAUACCACUCCAUCAUUCGGGCAGAAGAGGCAGGGCUACUCCGAAGCCAUCGUCUUCACUGUUGGGGGUGGCAGUAUGGAUGAAUACGGUAAUUUGCAGGAGUGGGUGAAGCGGACGAGUGGGCAAUCUAGCACUGCCGCCGCUGGUUCUGCCAAGGCAAGAAGGGUGAUUUAUGGUUCUACGGAACUGGUGAAUGGAGAGGAUUUCUUGGCUGAGUUGGUGAAAUUAGGUACUACAGGUUAG